GUUUAAGACAAGACUGAGAGCAGCGUGGUUAUGUUAUCACUCAGAAUUAAUGUCCUUAACUCUGCUUCCGUGACUGAUGGUCCUAUGGUCUUAUCCUCCUUGGGUUGAGAAUUCCAAUCGCUCCCUCUUCAUUGGGUGAAGGAGGUCCUUUCCAUCUCUGUCCUGAUUGGACAAAGAGGUGACGAGAGAGAGAGAGGGAGAUCUCCCAGAAGGGAGCGGGACAACAGCCUUCAUACAAACAGAAGUGGCGUGUGGACUUUUUGCUUGGUACCCACCCGGACAGUGGAGGAGGUUAACGUGAGAAAACUGCUGGACUACAGAGCAACACACACAAAAUGCAGAGUGUGGACACUUCAAAGAGAACUUUAUUGGCUUUAAAACUCACUUCUGAUGGGUGCUCUUUAAAUAACAGGUCUUCCUCCCAGUGGAGACUAAAUGACUGCUCUGCCCCCACAUUAUGAACCCAAAUGUGGAGGAUCUAGAAGUGAUCAUGGAGUUCCUCGACGAGCAGCAGAAGGCAUUUGUAUUUGAGCAGGAGACUGCCUCAGGCUCAGGGGCCUGUGCUUUCGGAUUCUCCGUGGAAAGUUGGCACCCUGGUUCCUACAGCAAUAGGAACUCAGCCUUCCAAGAAAUAUUUCUUCCUUCGCAGCGUUACACCUCUAAUCCGUGCGGACUCUCCAUCGGGGCCGAGUGUGUGGACAACCCUUACCGCCCUCCACUCUCUGACUUCAGACCAACUUUGCCCUCAGAAUACGUGAUGAGAAGCAGCAACAGUGAGAAGAGAAAGAGGAGGGUCAGGCUUUUCCAGUUCCUCUUCGAGAUGCUGGAGGACCCACAGAUGAGACACUGCAUCUGGUGGAUCCAGCCCUCCGGUGGACUCUUCCAGUUCUCUUCCCAGAACAAGGAGAAGCUGGCGGAGAUCUGGGGCAGAAGGAAGGGCAACAAAAAGACCAUGACCUACCAGAAGAUGGCCAGGGCCUUAAGGAACUACUCCCGUACGGGUGAGAUCAUCAAGGUGAAACGCAAGCUGACCUACCAGUUCAGCCAGCAGAUCAUCAGCCGACUGCGAGGAGUCAACAAAAGAUCCUUCGUCUACCCCUUCCUCAACUGAGCUGCGCUGUGAGGGCCCGGAGGCAGGGCUUCUCCCGAGCUUUACCUUCCCAAAGCUGAAAGGCGCUAUAUCAAUGCAAGUUACCUUCUUUACCCUUCUUCGAGAAGAACUAAGAGGGCAGGGAGAGAAUCUCUUCCCUCUGUUUUGGGAUUCCAUGGGAAUCUCAGAAAAUACGGAUCAACUUUAUUCGCCAUAUACAUUUACAUGUAUUAGGAAUUUGCUGUGGUGUGUUAAUGCAGCAUGCAAUUAUUAUACAGAAUAAAGUACAUAAAAUAGAGUUAGAAGUACAGAUAUGGAAUAAAAUGUGCAUACGUUCACAAAUACCAGCAUGUAUUUACAACGUAAACAACGUUACAAAAAGUGUUUAAAGUGUUUGAGUGCAGUGACGGGGGUAAUAGAGGGACGUGGGGCUAACUAUAACAGUGAUCAGAUGAACUGUCUGGGGGAAGGAGCUAUUCCGAUGGGACGGAGUUGUUGUUCUUAUAGCCCUAUAGGACUUUCCGGAAGGCAGUUUUUGGAAAAGGCAACUUGCAGUGUGGGCAGUAUCUGCAGUGACCUCUCCUGCCCAUAUUUUUGGAAUGAAGACCAUAAGACCAAAAAAACAUAGGAGCAGAAUUAGGCCAUUCAACCCAUCAAGUCUGCUGCACUAUUCUAUCAUGGCUGGUUCCGGAUCCCACUCAACCCCAUACACCUGUCUUCUUGCCAUAUCCAUUGAUGUCCUGACCGAUCAGGAAACUAUCAACCCCUGCCUUAAAUAUACCCAUGGACUUGGCCUCCACUGCAGUCUUCCACAGAUUCACUACUCUCUGGCUAAUAAAAUCCUCCUUACCUCUGUUCUAAAAGGUCACACCUCUAGUUCUGAAUACCCCCACUGGAGGAAACAUCCUCUCCACAUCCACCCUUUCAUCAUUCAGUAGCUUUCAAUGAGAUCCCCCACAUUCUUCUAAAUGCCAGUGAGUACAGGCCCAAAGCUGCCAAACACUCCUCAUAUGUUAACCCCUUCAUUCCCAGAAUCAUUCUUGUGAACCUCCACUGGACUCUCUCCAAUCAUUUCUCAAAUAUAGGGCCCAAAACUGUUGACAAUACUCUGAGUGCAGCCUGACUAGUGUCUUAUAAAGGCUCAGCAUUAUCUCCUUGAUUUUAUUUUCUAUUCCCCUUGAAAUAAAUGUCAACAUUGCAUUUGCCUUCUUUACCACAGACUCAACCUGUAAAUUAUCCUUCUGGGAGUCUUGUCCGAGGACUCCCAAGUCCCUCUGCACCUCUGAUGUUUGAACCUUCUCCCCAUUUAGAUAAUAGUCCGCACUAUUGUUCCUCUUACCAAAAUGCAUUAUCACACAUUUCCCAACUCUGUAUUCCAUCUGCCACUUUUUUGCCCAUUCUUCCAAUUUGUCCAAGUCCUGCUGCAAUUGCAUUGCUUCCUCAGCAUUACCUACCCCUCCACCUAUCUUCAUAUCAUCCGCAAAAUUUGCCACAAAGCCAUCAAUUCCAUUAUCCAAAUCAUUCUCCAACAAUGCGAAAAGUAGCGGUCCCAAUACUUAUCUCCGAGGAACACCACUAGUCACUGGCAGCUGACCAGAGAAGGUCCCUUUUAUUCCCACUCGCAGUCUUCUGCCUGUCAGCCAUUCCUCUAUCCGUGCCAGUGUCUUUCCUGUAAUGGCAUCGGAUAUUAUUUUGUUAUGCAGCCUCAUGUGUGGUACUUUAUCAAAUGCCUUCUGAAAAUCCAAGUAAACGACAUCCACUGCCUCUCCUUUGUCCACCCUGCUUGUUACUUCCUUGAGGAAUUCUAACAGAUUUGUCAGGCAAGAUUUCCCUUUACGGAAAUCAUGCUGACUAUGACCUAUUUUAUCAUUAGUCUCCAAGUACACCAAAACCUCACCCUAAAUAAUACAACCACUGAGUAAUUAUGGGCUAAUUGGCCCAUAAUUUCCUUUCUUUUACCUUCCUCCCUUCUGAAGGAGUGGAGUGACAUUUGCUGUUUUGUGUCACAGUACAGUGCAAGCAUAAAAUUUACUAUGAAUUACAAUAAGAAACACAUGUUAAAAAUUAAACAAGUCAUACAAAACGAAAGCAAAAAUAGUGAGGUAGUGUUCAUUAUCCAUUCAGAAAUCCGAUGAUGGAGGGGAAGAAUCUGUUACUAAAAUGUUGAUGUAUGUCUUCAGGAUCCUGUACCUUCUCCCAAAUAAUAGCAAUGACAAGAGGCCAUGUCCUGGGAGAUGGAGAUCUCUUAUGAUGUAAUGCACCAGGCUUCACAGUAGCUGUAAAAUCAAUUCCUGAUGCUGUCUUUAAGGAGUUUGUACGUUCUUCCCGUGACCAUGUAGGUUUCCUCUGGGUACUCCAGCUUCCUGCCACAGUCUAAAGAUGUACAGGUUAGGGUUAAUGAGUUGUGGAUAUGUUAUGUUAAGACCUGAAAUGUAGCAUUUGCAGGCUGUCCAGUACAGUCCUCACUGAUUUGAUCUGACAGAAAAUGGAUGCAUUUUACUGUAUGUUUUGUUCUACAUGUGACAAAUAAAGCUAAC